CUUGAGGGCCCAUUCAACGUCGGCUUGUGAUGACGUAUUAACAAACGGACCGUGUUGUCGUUGUGGAAAUGAGUGAAGUGCUCGUGUUCAGGUUUAAUUCGCUUUAAGUUUUUCGUCGUAUUUUCACCGAAGAGACUUAAAAUGGCUGACUACUGGAAGUCACAACCGAGGAAAUUCUGCCAGUAUUGCAAGUGCUGGAUUGCUGACAAUAAGCCUAGCAUCGAGUUCCAUGAAAGGGGGAAAAAUCACAAAGAAAAUGUGGCUGCCAAAAUUUCAGAGAUUAAGAAGAAGAGCAUUGAAAAGGCGAAGCAGGAGGAACGUAUGUCUAAAGAGUUUGCUGCGAUGGAGGAGGCUGCGCUGAAGGCCUACCAGGAAGAUCUGAAGAGGAUGGAAAGAGAAGCGCAAGGUUUAAGCUCUCCGGAGCAAACGAUAGCACCGCCACAACCUCAGGUGAAACCCCAGCCCAAAAAACAGCAAAAGAAAGCAGGAAAGGCGAGAAGUAAGGUCACCCAGCAAAAAGAGGAGCAGGUGUGGGUUGAAGGCCUGACAGAUGAUGGAUACACAUAUUACUACAACACAAUAACGGGAGAAUCUAAAUGGGACAAACCGGAGGGUUUCCAGGGAGCGAGUUUGGCCUCCGCACAGACUCAGCAGACUGGAAGUACUUCAGACUGUGCUUGGAUGGAAGCUGUCAGUCCUGAUGGUUUCACAUACUACUUCAACACAGAAAGUGGAGAGUCCAGCUGGGAGAAGCCUGCUGACUUUACAUCUGAUCAGGCACCUGGAUCCAGCUCUGGGUCCAACCAAGAAGGAGAGAGUCAGGAGGAGCCUGCAACCCCUCAGCCAGAGCCGCUGUCAGGAGAGGAGAGCUCCGACGGGGCGCCGGCAUCUCAGGAGGCUGAAGUCCCUGAACAAACCAGCCAGCAGCCCAAAGUCCCAAAGAUCAGCUUCAGGAAAAGGAAAGCAGAGACAGAGGCCUCAGAAAAAGAGGGUGAAGAUAAAGUGAGUGACGAUGCUCCUAAAGAUGAUGAACAGGAGGAGAUCCAAAGCACACCAGCUGAACUGGAGAAGGCAGAAGAACAGGCGACGCAAAGGAAGAUGCAAGCCAAGAGGCCAAAAGCUGCCAAUCCGUAUGGGGUCUGGGAACAGAUCCUGCAAGAAGAGGAUCCAUAUGAAAAUGUAGACUUAGAGUUGCCUGAGGUGGAGGGAAACACCGCCAGCGCUCCAGCAGACCUGCCCACAGAGCCAAAGCCCAAGUUCAAGGAACGCGUCAUCACCUCACUUGGAGAGGAAGGCGGGCCCGCCUCGUUCAGAAAAAACAAGACACAGAACGGCAAAUCCAGGAGCCUCCGACAGAGAGACAAUGACGACUGAUCCAGAAACACAAAAACUUCCAAGCCAGGACGCAGCAGAAUGAGACUUUUACAUAAAUACAACUCCUAGAAACAUUUUUGACAUUUUAUUGCACCUUUUUGAUGUUUGGGGUGCUGCAUUUUUAGAAGACAUUGGCUCGAGAAGUUUAAAAAUUAUCUAAUCUGCUUCUUUAAAUGUGUUUUUCUAAUAUAAAAAUAUCAACCACUGGAUGCAGGGUUCUGUUUUUGUGCACAACAGCUGGUUAGACAGACAGGUUGGUAUUAUCUCAGUGUCCCAUUGAGAUAACUAUUAAUGUGAAGAAUUUUCUCUGAGAUGUAACUAUACACAGCAAAUCAAAUACCUUUUUUGUACUUCAGUAUCUAUUUUUUUUAACAAGUAUCCAAUUAGAAACAGCAGUGUGGUAUUUGCCAGCUGAAGUGAAUGAUUGCUAUACUUUCAUAAAGGCGUAUGGAUUGUACUGAUUAACGUGAAUAACGUGACGUCAAUAAAUGUUGACUUUCCCGUUAGUGAAA